AUGGAAAAUGAAGUUGUAAUAGAGCAGGUUUCAAGAAAGGUUGAUUUUGAUUGCAGUAUAUGCAUGUGCGAGGUGGAAAUUCCUGUGGUAACCAGAUGCGGGCAUCUGUUCUGCUGGGGGUGCAUAAGCGGAUGGGGAAAUAAAUCCAGCAUAUGUCCAGUUUGCAAGACACUUUGCAGCCUAUCCACAGUGAUACCAAUAUACUCAAAGGGAAAACAGCACAGUAAGGGAUUCUUCCCAAAGCCGCAGGAUGUGCAAAGCACAUGGAAGAAGAGUUCAAAUUUAGUUAAUUUUGGGUACUCGGAAGAACUAAGAAUCUUUCACUUGCAGGGCAUGGAGUACAGAAGAAGUAUCUAUGGAAAACAUUGCCUUCUCACGAAGAUUCUUUAUAUGAUCUUCCUUCUAUUUUUUAUUAUGGUGUUUUUUCUUCUAGAAUAA